AGCCUGGCUGUUACAAUAGACGCUCUGGGAGCCGUCCCACUGGGCAAGCCUUCAGCAGCUCCUGACUCCAGACCCAGAGGGUCAGUAGCAUCCCUCUCAAGUCCUCUCCACAGAUAGAAAGUUUGCAUUUAACAGAGAACUGUGACCUACCACACAUCUGCAACAUAGCCACUUUGGACCAGAUACUUGCCAGGAAGAAUGUAGGUUCUCGAGCAUCUUCAAGUGCAGAAGUGAUUAUACGGAGUGGCCAAGAGAAUAGCGGAGAGAUGAAGCCAGUCCAGAAUUUCACAAUACCCAUCACACAGACUUCCAACUACAAUCUGAGCAAGACCCAUUGGAGUGCAUUCAGUCAUCACAAUCCUGUGAAGUUCUCCAGGGAUGGAGUCCCCUGCAUCCUCUUCUGGACUAGAAGAAUCACAGUCAAAUUCAAGAAUCAGACCUGGCUGGACCUCACAGAUGAAGCACCCGGUCAAAACACAACAGUGGACACUGGCAGCUCAAGCUGUGAUGGGGAAAGAGCCAUGUUGUCUUUAAGGUUUGGUGAUGCUGGAAAUCCCAAGGAUAUUGACAUAAGGUUCACCCUAACCAAUUACAACAAACUGUCCAGCCAGAGUUGGUUUAGUUUACACCGAGUCGAGAUCAUUUUCAACAACUCAGUGCAAGCAACUUUUAAUGCAACUGGCAUAUAUGCUCUGUCGAGUUACUCCUAUCGCUGCCAGCGAGUCAGCAGCCUGCGGAACGAUGCUCUACUGUUGCUUAGCAGCUCUGACGAAGUGACAAGCCUGUGGGAGGUCACGUUUAUUGAUUUCCAGAUCCAAGGCUUCUCCAUCAAGGGGGCACAGUUUGCCCAGGCCCGAGACUGUGGCCCUGCCUUCUCGCCGGCGGUUCUCAUUGGCCUGGCCAUGUCUCUGAUACUGUUGCUGGUGCUGGCCUAUGCCCUGCACAUGCUCAUCUACCUGCGCUAUCUGGACCGGCACUAUGAGUUCAUCACGUCUCCUGCCCACUUCCCACCGCUGAGAGAGUUGGAAUCAGGGGAGGAGAAGGAGCUGCUGGGAAGCCAGGGAGCUGAGUGCUACGAGCUGAGGAGCCAACAGAUCUGCAAAAUCUACAUUUAGCAGCGCAAGUUUCUGUUUCCCCACCAGGGCGGCAACAGCGUCUGAAAGACAUCGUUUUCUUCCGUGCUGUCUGACUUGUGAAUUGUUUGAUUAAAAAACAAAACAAAACAAAAAACAAAACAAAACAAACAAACAAACAAAAAAACAACAAAGGAAAUACUUCAGCCACGAGUUGGUUUUUAGCCCCUACUGGUUUUGCUAGGUAGACCUGGAGUAGUGAAAAGCUAUCUCAAGGGACCCCACAGGGUCUGAUCAGCAGGGCUGAUGUCUUGAGCAUAACAAGGAAAGAGAGAAGGGCAGCAUGCUGCCAGUUUUAUACCCACUUGACGCACACGCUAUAGUCAUUGAGAGGAGGGACCUCAACUGAGAAAACGCCUCGGUAAGACUGAGCUGUAGGCAAGUGGGUAAACCUUUCCUUAAUUAGUGAUUGGUGGGGGAGGGCGCAGCCCAUGGUGAGCGGCACCAUUCCUGAGCUGGUGGUCCUGGGUUCUGUAAGAAAGCAGGCUGAGUAAGCCGUGAGGAGCAAGCCAGUGAGCAACACCCCUCCACGGCCUCUGCAUCAGCUCCUGCCUCUAGGCUCUGCCUCCCCAUGCUGCUCAGUCAUGGUGUUUCAUUACAGCAAUAGGGACCCUGGCAAAACAGUGACGGAAGGGGAAAGACAGCAGAAGUUCAGAUCUUUAAGUGUUUUGUAAUAAUUUACACCUCCCCCCCCGCAGGAAUUACAUUGUAGUUUUAUUUUUAAAAGCAGUCUUCCUUUUCUCUCUUAACUAGAGCUGCUUCCGGAAAUCUGCUGUCAGUCUGUGGCAGGGCCUUGUACUCUUAAGCUGUCAAGUCAAGGGCUUUGUCAUUCACAAGCAGCAGGGCCUCAGCUGCGUGGUAAGGGCGACAGUCAUGCCCUUUUCUGUCUGGCUGUGAGCCCGGGCUGGCCUCAUUGUCGCGCAGCAGACUUCUGUAGGCUACCAUGCACAUCCGUGAAACAAGCAAUCCAGAGGAUGCCCAGGGUGCAUGCUGUGCAAACGCUGCUACAGACACACCCUCAGCCCCCCACACUGACAGCGUCCCCUAAACUCCUUAGUGGAAAUUCUGGAGCCACCACCACAUUCUUACUCCCCUUUCCUCCUCAUGGAUUCCCCUGCGAUCCCCUCCACUUCUUAGAAGAUGAGAAUGCUGAAGAUUGCUUCAUUCCCAUCUCUCCAGUUUAGGAAUGAGCUUUCCUUGUGACAGAGCCGACACUGCAUUUUCCUCUUCAGACUGUGCACAUGACCUAGGCUUACUAAGAAUACCCCUCCGCCAAACUCAGAGAGCACACAAAGGAGUGGCAUUGGGGAGGCUGUGGUGACAGGUCCGUUCUCCACUCCUACUUCUGACAUGACAGUCUGCUCAGCAUUUCUUUUGGCUGCAUCAUCACUGGUUGAACAUAGUUUGGGUCAGAAGGUUGUCACAGUCUGGAAGACGAAACUACUUAAUAUAAAGUUCCUUUUGUUUGGAUAUUGGGAGUAGAUUCGGUAGUCUGCAGCUGAGACUCCCUAUUCAUGUCGCUGACACACAGAGAGAACUGCAGAAAAGAGAUGCUUGGAAGAGUGGGAACCGAAGAUGAUCCUUCUGCUCUAGUCUGUUUGAAACCAACAGACUUUCUGCUAACAUUUGGCAAUGGUGAAACCAGGCCACGCAGUUGAGCUAUAAAGGCUAGAUUUUCAUGUUA